UAAAUAUCCUUCCAAUUCAAUCAACGUAUUAUAUCAGUUUGUUUUUCACCCAACAGUACAAAAUCAUUGUAGUACAAACGUAUUUAUUAUUAUAGAUUGCUUUGGUUCGAAAUGCCUUCCAAAACGAAGACAAACGAUUCAGAGUCGCCCUGGUACCUUCAUUUUUACAAUGCCAUUCGACAGACGCCCAUUAAUGUGACACUAUUAAUUGUCUCGGCUUUUAUUUUCUACAAAGUGGUGAGCAUUACGCGUCGCCGGAAUCAGAGCGUGCAGCAUCGACUGACACCAGGACAAGGCUCUUUUUUAACUGCUGAAAACCGAUUACCACCUUUGCGCAGCGACUUUACAGUACGCGAGCUACGAGCGUACAACGGCACCCAUGAAGAUGGACGCAUACUUUUAGCCAUAAAUUUUAAUGUUUACGAUGUUUCACAUGCAAAACACUUUUAUGGACCCGGCGGCAUUUACCCCAACUACGCAGGCCGAGACAUAUCACGGAAUCUAAUCAACUUUUCGGUUGAAAGCAACGAGAACGAGGAAUUCGAUGAUUUGUGCGACUUAAAUUCUGGACAAAUGGCAACACUUCGUGAGUGGGAUCAUCAAUAUGCCGAGAAAUAUCCAUUGGUAGGGAAGUUAUUGCGCGAGGGACAGCCGCAUACAAAUUAUGCCGAUGAAGAGGAUGACGAACCAGAGAAAAUAACUCAAGAAUAAAUAAUGAAAAGUUUAUGCAAAUUAAUAAAUGCAAAUAUAACUGCUCAUUCGCACAGAAAUAAAAUAUAUUUUAAGCCUA